CUGAAAGGUAUCAUUCAGUCUGUGCACGUCAGAACAAGUCAACAUGUUGCGGGUUGUGGCUUACGUCUGCGCUCUCCUGGCACUAGCUCACGGACAGACCACCAAUGUAAACCAGUGUACUUUCCACAGUGGACCUCUGCCGAUACACACGUACAUAGAGGGCUGUGUUACUCCGCCAUGUGUCUUCCCACAAGUACAAGAUGCGGUCGUCAACAUCAAGUUCCGAGCACCCCGCGCCGUGCAGAGCAUGACCACUCAUGCCACAGCAUUUCUGUCAAUAAUACCAAUCUUUUACCCUCUCGGAGAGGCAGCUCAGACCUGUAAUUACCUCACUAACAGCAGCUGCCCUCUGGAAGAAGGCGAGGAGGUGCAGUACUCCCUCAAUAUGUUCAUCGAGCCUGCUUUCCCUGCGGGAACUAGUCUACCAAUCGAGUUUAGGAUCGUGGAUGACAACAACAACAACCUGGUUUGCAUUCGUGUGCCAAUCAGAAUCGCGCCUCCUGUGUCUUCCAACAUGCUUGCCGGGCCGGCUGCCGAAGUAUAGAGCUGAAGCACAUACAAUUCCGACAUCACUUAGACCAAAGCGUUGAGUUGAUAUUACAUAAAUAAAAUAAUAAUCUAGAUAAUUCACUUUUGUUUAAAGAUGUUAAAGUAGGUACAGAAUAUACAACCUGAACUAGAUCAUUCUGUGUUUCAGGCGAGAGUUGGCAAAAAAACAUAAGAGAAUAUUCUU